CAGCCUCUCCCUAGUCCGCACAUGCAUCCGCCUCUAUUCCUAUUCCACAAACCCCUAACCCCUAGUUCUGGUUUCGCAACAAUGACAGAUACUCCAUCCGACAGAAAUUAUGCUGUGAAGGCAUGCGUGGCGUGUCGGUCCAAGAAGCGGAGAUGCGACAAGGCUCUUCCGGCCUGCACGAGAUGUACAAGAGUGUAUCAAAAUUGCCAGUAUGAUGACAACAAGCCACACUCGACAGAAUUACCCAUACUGGGGAUGAGGGCAGACCUCGAAUCGAACGCAAGAAAACCCCGGCAACUUUUACCCAUCGUACAGACCUCGACGAAAUCCAGCCUAUCUUGUUCCAAGUGCAGGACAGGGAAAAGGCAGUGUAGCAGAGACAUACCAGCCUGCUCACGUUGUGUACGAACAGGGAUGGUUUGCAGAUAUGCGGGCUUGCCACUUACCAAUCUAGGUCAAGCCUCUACUUCGCUACUGCUGCCCUCGGACGAAUUUGCAGAUCUGCCAGAGGGGCAUCAUGCUCUUAGACCCUUUUCUGCUUAUGUAGAGACCAACGUCCCGAGAAAUUCAAAUUCGCCAAGCACAGAUGAUAGCGAAAACAGGACAGACUUCACAGCACAGAAGAUAGCAAGGAUUUCCUCCUCGCAAUGUCAAGGACACGAACAACAAUUGUCUGUCACCAGGCGGACACCGAGUCCGUUCACAAUCGAUCACGAUAGCCACCGCUUCUUGGACCCAUUCCAUACUUAUCCAUCUAACCUGAGCCGUGAAACUAUCACCCAGACAUUCUAUUACUCCGUCCAAGAAAUGUGGCCGAAACUUUUCCCCGGCAUGACGUACAAGGGUCAGAGCUUCAUCCAUGAGUGGAUGAAAAUAGCCAUGAGCUGCCCCCCUCUAUUCAGCGCAUGGCUCCACUCAGGGGCAGAGCACCUUCUCAUGCGGCAGAAAGCAUCCGGCGUUCAGAGUCCCACGCCUAGGAAGGACACUUACGAAUUGCUUCUUAUGCGACAAGAAGCCAUCACAGCCUUGAAACAAGUUGUGGAUGACAGCAAUCCCGCCACAGUUACGGAUCAGAUCAUCAUGGCUGCGUUCGCUCUGGCGUUACAUCCGCACGAGAGAGACCAAGGAGCAACCUCUCGGAUGAGACUGGCCCCUCUCUCCAACCUGCAAUUGUUAACGCGGUUCACGGAUAUUGUGAUCUUGGACGGCCAUGUUCGAGGGUUACGCCAUCUUGUGCAUGCAAGAGGGGGCUUUGAUAAAAUCGAGAUGCCUGGGCUUUCCGCUGGAUUGUCGACCUGGAAUCUCCUCACAGCUAGCAAAUGGCUAACAAGGCCUUUCUGGCCACUGCGGACGAGGCUAAAGUCUGACAGCGCUGCUGAAUUCUUGGCCAAGUUUGAAAAUACUGACGCUGGAAUGGGCGAUUUACAUUUCAUACUCCAUUCAAAAUUUUCACGGCCCGUUAUGUGGGUAUUCCACGCUCUCCGCGGAUACAGUUCUCUGCUGCACGAGUAUGCUGAUGGACGUCACUUCGAUCUCGAUCUGGGUUAUAUGCUGGAGCUGCGAAACUUGAUCCACCACCACGUGUUAUCUCUUCCUCCUGCUAUUCUGACCGCAAUUGGAAGUGUCCCACGUACAUACGAUUCAUUCCGAUUGGCACUGGCCAUAUACAGCCUCCUUGUUGUGUUUCCAGUCCCGUUGGUGACAGAUCCGUAUCCAAAUGCGGCGCGACUCCUACGGUUCGAGCUGGAGCUUUUACCCAGGGAGGAGUGGGCCGCAAUGCCGACAAUAUUGCUUUGGAUAUUAACGUUGGGUGGGAUUGCUUCCCUGGAGACGCCACAUCGCCUGUGGUUUAUUGGGCGGUUGCAUUUGCAGCUCGAGGAGUUGGGAAUCACCAGUUGGAAAGGCUUUACUCACAUAAUGGAAACAUUGGUAUGGCUUGAUAGCCCUUGCGGUCUGGAGGGUCUGACUCUGUGGAACGAAGUUCAACAUUACGGACAUCAGCCGGUUGUCGAAUGCUUACCACACCGGGGGUUAGUCGUCUGAAAAUUUACGUCUCAUACAC